CUGAUGCAUUUACCAAUAUGUGCGACACCUGGCAUAUCGACCGAUCUAAAGUGCAUGCCAUAGUGAGUGACAAUGCAAGAAAUAUGACAAAAGCGAUAGAAGACAGCCAGCUGAAAGGAAUACGGUGCAUGGCCCACACACUACAUCUGGCUGUGAACGAGGGAGUGUUGUCUCAGCGCAGCGUAAAAGACAUAUUGGCUAUAGGCAGAAGAAUAGUUGGCCACUUUAAACAUUCUCAGCUGGCCUAUUCCCGCUUACAGUCUAUGCAAGAUCAGCUUGGAACACAAAUAAAACGGUUCCAACAAGACGUGAGUACACGCUGGAAUUGCACUUUUUACAUGCUGGAAAGCCUCUUUGCACAAAAGCGAGUCUUGGCUGCUUACAGCGCAGAUCAUGAGCUCCCCGCGACAUUCACUUCACACCAGUGGGUCUUAAUAGAGAACAUUCUCUCUGUCCUUGCCCCCUUUGAGCAGCUAACGAAAGAGAUCAGCUCCUCUGAUGCAUCUGUUGCAGACGUAAUACCGUUAAUUGCGGCACUAAAGCGUCUUCUAAGUAAAGAAGUUGAGACGGACCACGGGGUGAAAACAAUCAAAAGUACACUCUUAGAGUCUGUCAAGAGACGUUUCACUGAGAGCAAUGAUGAUCCUCUGCACUUCAUCGCGACUGUACUUGAUCCGCGUUAUAAGGAUCAUUACUUGGACGUGGGAAUAAAACAGCGCGCACGAGAAAUGAUCCAGGCCGCGAUGGAUGCGGACAACCCGCUUGGAGACGGGCCAGCGCACAGCGCAGGAGGAGAGCAGAGCGCCGAAAAAAGGACCCGUCACUCUGCACCAGAUGAGGGGCAUGCGCCUUCGUUGUCUGAUACGUUCAAUGAGAUCCUGCAAGAGAGUGCCCCAAACAAUAGGCAGCCAACAAGCUCAACCGCUCAACAAUUAGAUGGUUAUCUGUCUGAAGUCCCCAUCUCCAGAAGUGAUGACCCUCUUGCCUACUGGAGAAAUAACCAUGGCCGCUUUCCUGACCUGGCAAAGAUGGCACGCAAGUACUUGUCUGCGCCGUGCACAAGCACUGACAGUGAGAGACUGUUCAGUGCUGCAGCUCAUGUUCUUGAUGAGAAGAGGAACAGACUUCACUGUGACAAAGCAGAAAAGCUACUCUUCAUCAAGAAAAACCUGCCACUUUACCUCAAGAAGUAGAACGGGCGUGUGUCUAGUGUUAAAAUAUUUGUUUUCCAGUUUGUGCAUCCACAAUUCUUGGUGGAUUUGUUGUUGAUAAAGGCUAUGGUAACCAUUGUUUUGAUACACUUUUAUGUUGUACACACAGAACAAAAUUUAAAAGGCACUUGACUUAUGCACUUUGUGUUUUUAUAAGAGAACAUAUUUAAUUUUACAGUCUUUCAGCA